GUGUGUGUGUGUGUGUGUGUGUGAGCUGCCUUGCCUACCCCAGUAGUAGUGGUAGUCUCUCGGUGACAGAUAUCUCUCUGUGUCUCUUGUCUCUGCUUCCCUGUCCUUGAACCCCUCACCCACUGUUCCUCAGCCUUUAACUCCCCUCCCAGGUGAAAGAAUCCUCGCAGGAAUUUUGGAGAGGCUGGAACUCUUCCGGUCCCUCUGCUUCUCUGAGUUCUCAGAUCCAGGGCAGAUCCAUCCAAGGUCUGGUGGAGCUGUGUGUACAGGAAAGAACUCUAGUCCCGAGUAAUUGUCUAUAAAAAGAACUUUAAGGAGCAGCAAAGGAGGGUACAAGGGAACAAGAAAAGAAGAUCCUCACUCAGCCAGACUGAUUUCUCCAGUGGGAAAAGGAGAGCAGCUGGGAUUAAGGAAAGGAAGGCAUGCCAAAGAUGAAGAAGGCCCUUCUGUUUCUUUUGUUACUUUUCACCCAGCUUUCAAGCCCUUUUCCUAUAUUUCUUGAAAGCCUCGAGGAGAAAAAAAUGGCCUUUGUUCAGAAUUAUCUGGAAAGCUUUUAUGAUAUGCCAAUAAGAGGAAAUAAGAUAAAACGGUGGAAGAAUGGGACUCAGUUAGUCGAGAAAAUUAAAGAAAUGCAGAAAUUCUUUGGAUUGGAGGUGACUGGACAACCAGACGAGGAAACUAUGGAAGUUAUGAAGAUGCCCAGAUGUGGGGUUCCUGAUGUAGGGGGAUAUCAGGUGACUGAUGGAAAUCCAAAGUGGAAUAAGAAUGAUAUCACAUACAGCCUCAUAAACUACACACCAGAUUUGCCAAAGGCUGAUGUGGAUUCAGCAAUUGAGAAAGCCUUUCAGCUCUGGAGUCAUCCAACCCCUCUGAAGUUCACCAGGAGUGACAAUAAUAAUGAAGCUGACAUACAGAUCUCUUUUGCCCGGGGAGCUCAUGGUGACAAUUCACCCUUUGAUGGUGAGAGUGGAAUCCUUGCACAUGCAUAUCAACCAGGCCGGGGAAUUGGAGGAGAUGCUCAUUUUGAUGAAGAUGAAACUUGGUCCAAAGGUUCCAGGGGUACCAACUUAUUUCUUGUGGCUGCUCAUGAAUUUGGCCAUUCACUGGGCCUUGCUCAUUCCUCUGAUCCUGGUGCCUUGAUGUUCCCCACCUAUUCCUUCUCUGAACCCAGCACCUAUGUCCUAUCUCAAGAUGACAUUAAUGGCAUUCAGUUUCUCUAUGGUCAAUCAAAUAACCCUAUCAAGCCUACUGGACCCACCACACCUAGAACCUGUGACCCACAAUUGACAUUUGAUGCAAUCACCACUCUCCGAAAUGAAGUCAUAGUUUUCAAAGACAAGUACUUUUGGCGGAAGUACCGACAACAACUAAGGCCUGAAUUCUAUAUGAUUUCCUUAUUCUGGCCAUCAUUACCAUCUGGGAUACAAGCUGCUUAUGAAGAUGUUGAAAAAGAUUUAGUUUUUCUAUUUAAAGGCAACCAGUAUUGGGCUCUAAAUGGCUAUGAAAUCAGGCCUGGCUUCCCCAGAGAUAUCUCCAACUUCGGUUUCCCAAGAUCCGUUCAAGCAGUGGAUGCAGCUGUAUCAAUCAGACAAUCUGGAAAAGCAUACUUCUUUGUAAAGAACCAGUUCUGGAGAUAUGAUAAUCAAAGACGUGCCAUGGAUCCUGGUUAUCCUAAAAAUAUAGCAGAUGUUUUCCAAGGAAUGACAAACACUGUGGAUGCUGUUUUCCAUAGAGAUAAUUUUUUCUACUUCUUUACUGGACCAACAUACUAUAAAUUUGAUCUGCGUGCCAGAAGAAUUGUUUCUGUUGGAAGAAGCAACCGCUUAUUAAACUGCAGAUAGAAUACGAAGGAAAUGUAAGCUAGAAGGAUGGCGCCUUUUAGAUAUAUUAGCAAAUGCUUUUUAAAAAUCUGUCAAUGAAGAUGCAUUAUUUAGUCUCUUUUACACUUUUGUCAACUGUAAUUAUUGUCUUCUGUCAUCUUUUUAGUUAUUGUGCCUGUUAAACAAGUUCAAAUUUCAAUUGUGAGUAAGGAAUGAGGCUUAAUAUUUUUUUCAUCCUGGCUCAGGUGUAAUUAAGGUGAAAACUCUUUAAAAUGAUCUUUGCUCAGAAUACAUUCAUAGUGAGUCCUUAUCUUAUACAUGUUCUUUGUCAUUUUGCUAAUUCAUCAUCUAAUCUUUUAGAUGGUUGAUACCCACAAUUCCUUUAACUUUUCCAAAAUUGUUAGAUAGAGAGGCUGUAUAGUGCUACAAUUUGAGUAUGGAAGAGCCGAUUCAGAAAGUCCCAGUCCUGACUCUGGUAUUUAUAAGUUUAUAUGAUUAUUAACAAACAAUUCAUCCUUUCUGAGCUUUCGGCAGCUCUCUGAGACUGUAAAUUAUAGAUUGCCUGAAAUCUACCCCAGAGGAAGGAGUUCUCACACUAAGGAAAUCAGAAGUUCUUGGUGUAUUGAUUUUCUGAAGUUGAUGGCCAAACACUUGGAGCUCUAUGUUGGUUGGGACAGAAGGUUGGUGGGAAUUAUGGCCAAAGAUCCAGGAGUUCAUAGACAAUUCAGUGACAUUUUCUCCAAUAUGAUCCUCCACAAUUAAGGCAAUUGAUUUUCAUGACUCCCUUAUAUAUGACUAAAAUUAGUGAGGAAAAUUGCUGAAAGCAGAGAGAAUACAGUCUUGUACAUGGAACCAAAUCUAGUCUGUGAGGCAAACUGAAGCUUAUAAUGAAAAUUUGUCACUUUUUUUUGUUCUUUUUAUAUUUCUACUUGCAACUUCCUCUGUUUCUCAUAUCAAUAUGUUAGAGGGGGGAAGUCUUGGAUUCCAAUUUGAUUUCAGACACUACCUAGUGUGACCCUGAACAAGACACUUAACCCCCUAUGCUAUCUCUUUCUACUCUUCUGCCUUGAAAGCAAUACACAGUAUUGAUUCUAAGACAGAAGGUAAGGAUUUUUUUUUUUGAUCUGUUAAUUGAAUUCAUUGUUGCUGCUUUUUGUUGUUUGUCCUAAUUCUCAAGAAAUCACCCAUGAUGAAUAAAAGUGAUUUAUUACAGAAACAGAAUGGCUUUGAGGCACAUAGUGCUGAUGAAUGAAAGUUUGUUGAAUUCAUUAAACUACUCUUUAAUUCAUGAAUUUGUUAUUGACUCUUCUUUGAAAACAUUAUCUAGAGUAUCUAAGAUUUAGAAAUAACAUUUAUACAUCAAAUGUCUCACAACUCCUAAUUUUCAACUAUUGGAAUAUAAUAAUGAAUCAACCUAUUGUUUUACAUUGAUGAUUGAGUAGAACUUUAAAUAUCUCUGAUCAUAAGUCUUUUUUCCUUGUUUCUAAGUUUUUAUGAGUUAAACAUUGAUUCAGAAUUCUCC